GAGCAGCGUCCGCGCUGAAGUCGGUAUCGAUAAUGUCGACGUUUGUCUCGAGCCGCCCACCGCGUCUGCUGCCAGGAAAGGAAAGGAGGGCUUGAGUUCUACCCGCGGCGGUGUGUGCACGGGACGAGGCAGGCUGUGGAAUACUCACACGAAUUAGUCCAAUUUCAUCGGAACAGUUUGUCCUUGCGUUGUUGUGGGGGGGACAAAGUGGUGCCGAGGCCGGGACGAGGUGCUCGCAAGCGGUCGCAGGUUGGCGGUCCGGUGGGUUCUUUGGUGAGCGAGGAAGCCAGCGAAAGUAAACGCCGUCUCUCAUUCUGUUAAGACGUUUAAAAGCAAUGAACACCACAGCGGCGACUGUUCAUUUCUGGACACACGUGAAAUCUGUCAGAAUGACGCAUGUUCGCCGGCGGUUUUAUUGAUUGACGGCCAGCCCGUGAGCAGCGCGUAGAGAGCUUGUCGGCCACUAUGUUUUGAAAGAGAGCCAAUCACAUCUGCUAUUCAAAUCCACGCUUAUGUCACUGACCUAUAUCUCAUGUACGUGCGCCAAGAGCCCGCAGUCACCUCAACGCUAGGCCAGGCAGCAUGGGGACGAACGGGGUAGACGAUCAGGCACAGCCGUCUCGCGGGGUGUCCGCGACGGAGCAGUCGGCCGCGGGUCUCCCGGACGAGCAGGGCGAUGGUGCCCAAGAGUCGGGGUGGAAGAAGGAUGAACAUUCAGCGGAGAGCGAGCGUCCACUCCCCCAGGAAGACAGCACCGUGCAAGUGAUCGAGACUGGGUGCAAGCCAAUCUCGUUCCCGGCUCUCGAAACUGACGCGGCAGAGAGCCGCGGCGGAGGAUUUGUGCCGCCCGAAGGAGGUUUUGGCUGGCUGGUGGUUUUGGCAGCCACCUGGUGCAAUGGUUCCAUUUUCGGUAUUCAGAACUCUUUUGGCAUCCUACACAUGAUGUUGGUGAGGGAGCAUGCAGACCCCGAGGACAAGACGUCUCAGUUCAAAGUGGCCUGGGUCGGGGCUCUCGCCAUGGGGAUGAUUUUCUUCUGUUCACCGGUGGUCAGCAUGUUUACGGACCACUUUGGCUGUCGGAAAACUGCGGUCAGUGGGGCAAUCCUGGCAUUCAUCGGAUUGCUGAGUACAUCUUUUGCAAACUCCUUGAGCCUCCGCUAUUUCACUUAUGGAAUACUGUUUGGCUGUGGAUCCUCCUUCGCUUUCCAACCCUCUUUGGUUAUCCUUGGCCACUACUUUCGCCAGCGCCUGGGCCUUGCAAAUGGGGUGGUGACGGCAGGUGCCAGCCUCUUCUCCAUGGGUCUUCCGGUUUUGCUGAACAAAGUAGUGGAGCCGCUGGGACUCAGCAGAACCUUCCAGAUACUAAGCUUAUUUAUGCUUGUGCAAGCCUUACUGGCGCUAACAUUCAAGCCAUUGCUACCUGCUGGACCCUGCAUGGGACCAACUGGCCCUGCUAAGUCCCAUAUCCAGGCAGGGGCGACUCCUCAGAGCGGGAGCUGGUGGCAUAAGGUAUUGGCGGGGAUCAGAAAGUACUUCAACCUGCGAGUGUUUCACAUCCUCACUUACCGUGUGUGGGCGUUUGGAGUUGCUACGGCUGUACUGGGCUACUUUGUGCCUUAUGUCCAUCUGAUCAACUUUGUCGAGGAGCGGUUCAAGGGGGCCAAGAAGGAAUGGGUACUCCUUGUGUGUAUCGGAGCGUCAUCAGGAGUGGGACGCCUCACUUUCGGCAAAGUUGGGGACCUAAUUCCUGCUCUGAAGAAGAUCUACAUGCAGGUGGUGUCCUUCAUAGCCCUGGGCCUCAUGUCCAUUAUGAUCCCUCAAUGUUCCCUCUUCGAGGAACUUGUGGUUGUGUGUGUAUUCCUGGGACUGUGUGAUGGAUGCUUCCUUACCAUGAUGGCUCCCAUAGCGUUUGAGCUGGUUGGGCCCAUGCAGGCCUCGCAGGCCAUAGGAUACCUGUUAGGCCUUAUGUCUCUUCCAAUGACUGCAGGCCCACCCAUUGCAGGUCUUCUUCACGACUACUUUGGGGACUACAUGGUGGCCUUCUCUGCAGCUGGUGUGCCUCCCAUGAUUGGAGGGGUUGUUCUGUUCUUUGUACCCCUCAUUCACCGCCGGCUGAACCGUGGGCAGACGGCAGCACCAGAAGAAACGUCCGCUCACAUGUUGCCCAAUGCCCAACCGACACCAAAGAGCUGCUCCAAUGGAGACAUGCUGCCCGGCUACAUUGACACAGUGACACAUAUCUGACUUAUAAUGGUAACAUAUGUUUAUACAUGACCGGUAGAAAAUGUUUCCCAUCCUUAAACACCAUUUGUCAUCCUUAGAUUACCCUCUAGAUUGCACUUGAGGGAGCAGCCCAUUGCCGACCUUUAAUUUCGCCUCCUCCUUUAACCUUGAUUGUGGUUUGUUGUUAAGAGAAACUUGUGUGAUCAGGUUUAAAGCUGUAUUGGUGAUGAUAAGAAGGCUCACCGCUAUACAAGUUAAGGAGGUGACGCGAAACACAGUCUGGGAAGGCAGCAAAAUAUUAACACGUAAAAUACCUCAAGGAGGAAUAAAAUGAAGAAUUUAUUAUUAUUAUUAAUAUUUUUACCAAUAAUGGUAGUUUAUACUUGGGAUUUUUAGCUCAAAACCUUAGCUUAAUACUUUGUUGUGAUUUGGAAAUCCAAACAGAAUAUCUUUUAAAUACAUGAGGUAUUGUCACGAAUGUACAAUCAACAGUAUACUUUGUCACUUUUACAAAAUAUUAUUUUAUGAUGUACUGUACUUUUAUCAGUGAGUGUGACUUAUCCAUUACCUUUUAAAAUGGAGGAUGAGUACUUUCUCUGCCAUAUUUGCUUCAACUUGUGAUGGCAUUAAGUUGAAUUACAUGGCAGAAAGGAAACGGACUUUCUUUUUUCGUGGGCAUGAUGGCAUGACAAGCAACGUCUCCGGUUCAAUCAACAUUGGUCGUGACAUGAAAAGCCUGUCUUUGAAUUCUGUAAUGGUAACAAGCAGUUCAACUCGUAUUCUCACAGGGAAACGUAGUCUGGGUGCUCCACCUCUGAUUUUGAUUACAGCUUUUACUGUAUCUUCAUAUCUUCUCUAUACAGCGGCGGCUGUGGCUCAGCCGCCCAUUGUUGUAUGAAUGUGUGUGUGAACGGGGUGACUGUGAGGCUUUGUGAAGCGCUUUGGGCACUGUGAUGGUGUAGUUAAAGCGCUAUAUAAAGGCAGUCCAUUUACCAUUUUCACACUGAGACAACUCCCUGGGAAACAAAGUGUAUAUGUUGCUAAUAUCACGAGAGGGGGGAAAAAAAACAAAAACAAUCAGCCUCAGUUCACCUGAAAAUACACUUGCAGCAUUAACUACUUCACCAACCGGCGUCACGGGAGACAGAAGUGCAACUGAGGAAGGAUACGCAAAGACAAGGGAAAUGUUGUUCAUAUUGCAUUUCAUGAUAUGUGCUCAUAUCAAAUUCAAUGCAACGCUUCAUCAAAUUUGGCUUUUUGUUUUCAAAUCCUUCACAUCUUUUAUUGUUCUGUCAAGAUUUUUGGGAGUAUGGUUUUAAAUGACGCUACUUAAUUUGUAACUUUCAUGGGUCAGUCCUGGUUUUUUUUCCCCGUCAUUUGCACUGUGUAUUGUUUUAAGUUAGGGUCGUCUUAAUGACAGUAGAAUUUUUGUCACAUUUAAAAAGGCGCUUGGAGCUUUCCCAUGCGGGGAGAAUUUCUUCUUUAUCCACUUCUACCAUGUAUUCUCUUCAACAGUGAACUCAAACUGGGUCAACUGACUAGAAGGAGAGAUUUAAUUUUCCUUUUUUUUUGUUUUCUUAUUCACUAAUCCUCUCAUUCGUGCUUCGAUUACAUUUUCUUACAUAUUUGCUCCAAAUCUGUAGAUUAUUUCAAUCACAAAGCUCAUUUCUUACAAUCUUUAAGGGGUAAAAGAAACACGAAUAAUGAACCUCAGAUAAGUGUGGAUAUAAAAUAGGGUCAUCGAUGGACUGACAUAUUGUUACAUUUAUUUUCCAACUAAAUAACCAAUCACAAGGUGACAGAAUCAAGCUAGUUCUAGCUAGCCACAUAAGCUAACAUCCUUAAAUGAAACAACCAAAAUGUAUGGUUUUUCACCAUAAUCCAAUUUUAAUUCAUGUUGAAUAAUCUGCUUCAUAUUAUCACUCAAAGAUUUACAAAUGUCAUAUUUUAAAUGGCUGCAUGCUACAGUGAGAUUGACAUUGACAGACAGGUGGUCUAAUUAUCUGAUGAAAAAAAAAUGCAUUUAAGCAUAAAAACACAGGCCUCUUGAUUGACUUGGUAGUGGUACAUUAUUUUUACAUCCAAUUUGACGGAAAAUGUCGGGUAAAUUAAAAAAUACAGUUUGCAUAAAUUUUCUGUGCACUAGCUAUUUCUAGCUAGUUCAUACAAGCUAGUGAGUCUUUCAAAUAUAACAAAGUAAACAGGUUUCAGAUCCCCUUAACCAGUUACGCACUAAUGUUGAGUGAUUUGAUCAUUUACUCAUUAAUAAAUGAAAUAUUUUUAGACUACUGUAAAUUAGUAUACUGAUGUCUAACAAUGAGUAGAACAAUAAGCGGAAAAGUAAAUGUUUAUGUAAAGGUUGUAUCUCAAUUACAUUUUUAGUGUUGUUACUGUGAAUAUUACUACUUUUACUCAGUUUCAGUGUUUAGCGUUUUGUUUUUAAAUUUUCUGAAUGUUUUAUUUUUUAUUUUUGUAUUUUUUUGUAUUUUAAUUUUAAUUUUAUUUUUUAAUAGUGGCACAAGGACUACAAGUGAGACACUUGACUCACAGCAGUAACCUCAAUUCAAAAACAAAUCUACCUUUUCAGACCGGUCUGAACAGUUACAGAAUUCUCUGUUUAGGUACACUUCCUAGCAAUUCCAACUUCAACACCUGCUUACUUCAUUUUUCAAAAUUUAGCAAAGUUUUCUCUUUAUCAGCCAAAGUUUACAGUACAAACAGUUGAAACUAGAUGUUGACAUACACUAUAUUAAAAAACACAUAUGCUGUUUUUUUUUUUUCACUGUCUGAAAUUAAAUCAGAGAGAACCUUUCCUAUUUAAGGUCAGUUAAAAUUACCAAAACUAUUUGCAAAAUGCCAGAAUAAUGAGGGAAGGGAAGAAUUUUUUUUUUUUUUUUUUUUAAAGACAAUUUUUCAUUAUUACUUAUUAUUACUAAAAUCACGUCAAACAAAAUUUAGCUACAACCGUAACCCUAUGAGUGUGUGUAAUAUUUUACUUUUAAUGAUUAAUUUAAAUUAGACAUUUUCGUUGUUCAUUUCUAAUAGUCUUACGCUAAAAAAAAAAAAACGUCUUUCUUUGGUGCCUGAGAUGCUAUGCAGGUCACGUGCAUUCAUCCGAGCUGGCUGCACUUAGAAGGACAAAGCUGAUUGUUAAACUUGUCCUGCAUAUGACUAAAUGAAGCCCAACUAAGCUUUUGGUGUUAUGUAUAUAAUCACUUGUGUGGUCAAUAUUUUCAGCUACAUUUCAUGUAACAGUUGCUGACAUUGACUUAUCCCAAGAGAACAAAUCAGUCACUCUCCUCAUUAGACUCUUUGGGACUAACGCAGAAAGUAAUGAUAAAAGAGAGAAUUUGUUAGUGUCAAAACAUUUGUUAUUCACACAAAAUGUGCCAUUUUUUUCUCUUCUACUGACCUCAAUCUUUUGCCUACUCUUUUACUGUUUGUUUGCGAACAAUAGCAACGAUAUGUCCAGCAGGAGCUUUAAGUCUUCAUGUUAUACAUAAAACUGAGCAAUGACUUAGCAAAAAUCUAGACAAUAAAACCUCAUUCAAUGCCAUGGGGCAUUUCAUGCACGAAUACUCUGCCAGAGCCACAGUCACUUAAAUCAUUUUUGGUAAUAAUUAUAAAGUGUAGCCGUUUUAUUAAUGCUCUACAAACUCUGUGGGCUGUGUUACUGAUGCUUAUUUGUCAUUCUAAAGACUGGAACUCUUAUUUCUUUUUCCUUUUAUUGCUGAGCUUUUUUCAGUGCUCUCUGUCUUUGCUUUGUUGUUGACACGUGUGACUGUGUGAUAACCUCCAGAGAGGUUGCUGUAGUAAACCACGAUUGCCUCUCUUUGGAGCUGUUUGAUUUAUCCUCGCUUGCAGGCUUCUCCUUUUUAUAUGAUAAUUUAAAAAUAAUAAUAAGGCCAGUAGGCUAAAUGUUACUAAAUCUGAAACUGAGUCAUCAAGCUGCUAGAAAAUCUGUAUUAAAAGACUUUUUUUUUCUAUUAAAACAUCAUUA